AUGCUGUGGCUUGCUGGGCUGUCUCGCGCGGUUGCCGGUGAGAUCGACUUUGGUGAGCCGGGCACCAACGGGCAGCACUCCUUCUACCAGCUCAUCCACCAGGGCCGCGUCAUCCCUUGCGACUUCAUCGGCAUUGUGCGCAGCCAGCAGUCAGUGUACCUCAAGAACGAGAUCGUGUCAAACCACGACGAGCUGAUGUGCAACUUCUUCGCCCAGGCCGACGCCCUGGCCUAUGGCAAGACCAGCACAGAGCUGCGCAGCCAGAACGUACCGGACUUCCUAGUGCCGCACAGGGUGUUCACGGGCAACCGUCCCAGCCUCAGCGUGCUGCUGCCCGAGCUCAACGCAUACACGGUGGGCCAGAUCCUGUCGCUGUACGAGCACCAGGUGGCGGUCCAGGGCUUUGUGUGGAACAUCAACAGCUUCGACCAGUGGGGGGUGGAGCUCGGCAAGGUCCUGGCGUCCAAGGUGCGCACCAAGAUCAACGAGGCGCGCAACGGGGCGCGCUUCAUGGCGGGCAGUGACGGCUUCAACUACUCCACCACGCGCAUGAUCAACAAGUACCUCGCGGGGAAGAAGCAGCUGCUCUACCCCGAGGCGCGGGACGUGUUCCCCGUUGACCUGAUUGACCCGGAGAAGGCCGGCUCCGCCUGA